GAAUUCAAUUAAGAGUCCAGUCGAGAGCCAGCAAGGAAUUGACCGCAGCAAACUUAUCGACGUUGCCCCAAGCCUCGCGCUGCCAUUAUUUCUCAUUUCUCAGCUCCCGCGACGACAAUGGCGGCCACCACAUCCCGAUCCCCAAUUACCCCCUUUAAUUCCGGAAUCGUAAACCCUAACUCUAAGCUUAAUCCAUUCUUCACGCUUAAACUUACUAAACGACGUCGCAACAUCCAUUUCCACGCCUGCAGUAGUGGCAAAAGUAGCAAUGACAAAACCCAAGCAAUCGAGCUACAGAAGCUCAUGCAAGAUUCCCCUUACGAGUUCAAUUCGAGAGACUCUCCUCCAUCACUUCCGCGGCCUUUGACCUCUGCUCAGCUGUCGAAUUUGGCGGCGGAAGGGUCUCGUCUCCGCGUGGCGUAUCAGGGCGUUCGAGGUGCGUACAGCGAGUCUGCAGCCGAGAAGGCUUAUCCGAAUUGUGAGGCAGUACCAUGUGAACAAUUUGACACAGCUUUUGAAGCAGUAGAGAGGUGGCUUGUUGAUAGGGCGGUUUUGCCUAUCGAAAACUCAUUAGGAGGCAGUAUACACAGGAACUAUGAUCUUCUACUCCGACAUAGGUUACAUAUUGUUGGGGAAGUUAAACUCGCAAUCCGGCACUGCUUACUAGCUAAUCCCGGUAUCAAGAUUGAAAAACUUACAAGGGUUCUUAGCCAUCCUCAGGCUCUUGCACAGUGUGAGAAUACCUUAACUAAGUUGGGACUGGUUAGGGAAGCAGUGGAUGAUACUGCUGGCGCAGCAAAGCAUGUUGCUUUUCAUGAACUUAAUGAUGCCGGGGCAGUUGCUAGCUUGACUGCUGCUAAGAUCUAUGGUCUGGAUGUACUUGCUCAGGACAUUCAGGAUGAUACUGAUAAUGUGACUCGAUUCCUUAUGCUAGCUAGGGAGCCUAUCAUACCAGGCAUUGAUAAACCUUUCAAGACAAGUAUAGUCUUCUCAUUAGAGGAAGGUCCUGGGAUGCUGUUUAAGGCACUAGCUGUAUUUGCUAUGAGGAAUAUCAAUCUCACCAAGAUUGAAAGUCGUCCACUGCAAAAGCAGGCUUUACAAACAUCAGACGACAAUGCCAUUGGCUUUCCUAAGUACUUUCCCUAUCUUUUCUAUGUUGAUUUUGAAGCAUCCAUGGCUGAUGAAAGAGCUCAAAAUGCUCUUGGUCAUCUAAAAGAGUUUGCAACAUAUAUGAGGGUUCUUGGCAGUUACCCUGCAGACAAUGGCCUUGUGUAACUACCUUGCAAUUUUUUAAGGACUUCAAGAUUGGAGGAUAAUAAUUUAUAUCAGAGAUGAUAAAGGUUUGAAGGAGUUCAUAGGUUGUGCUCCCAAAUACAGAAUUGAAGAAAUAGAGAGUAAAGAUGCUAGAAGAAAGCGCAUAUGUUCUUGGCACUUUGCACAAGUUGCAGCUGCACCAAUGCCGCUUAUCUUUCUUGUAAGUACAUCAUUUGUUUUGUUCUUUCUUUUCCUUCUUGGGCUGUAGUUUUCUCACUGCUGUAGGUGGAGAAACCUAGCUAGAGACAAUUAUUUAACGAAAUGCAUCUGUAUGUUUUUUGAAGCUUGUUAGCCAUCUAUUUCUUCAUUUUUUUAAA